UCCUGCCUGGCAUUAUAUUCAAGUUCUUCAAUGAAACGGGUGUUCAUAUAGCUACACGUGUAGACCGGCCGCUUGCCUGUCCCCUGGGAUUCUAAAACCAAGGCUGGAGGGAGUAACUGCAGGUAGAUAUCCGUCGUGAGGGAAAUCAGAGUCGAAGCUUUGAAGAACAGCUAAAAUAUGGCGAAACCUUUCACCCCAGAGGCGAGGGAGAAGCUAUAUGAGGCCUACCAAGAUGUGAGGGACGAUAAAUCCGAGACAAGAUGGUGCGUUGCUGGGUACCCAGACAAUGGCAAACUCAUCGACAUAACAGCAACCGGCGUGGACUAUCAGGAGUUUCUGGAAUUAAUGCAAGACGACGAACGGAUAUAUGGUUUCGUACGGUACGAAACGGGCGACGAGAUGAGUAAGCGAGCCAAGUUUGCUUUCAUCACGUGGAUAGGGCCAGCCGUAUCCUCUCUCCAGAGGGCCCGAGUAAGCACCGACAAGGCGUUCAUAAAGGACAUUUUCACCAAUUUCGGAGUCGAAGUUUUGGCGGACGAUCGCCACGAUCUGCAAGAGGACGGUGUCAAGGAUCGGCUUGUCAAGGCAGGCGGGGCUAACUACGGAACUGGACGGUAGAGGCUCUCACGCGAGAUUGUGCCAGACACUUCCCGAUUCAGGGAACUAUUUUUAAUGCAGAAAAAACAAGAAAAUAGACUAACAGUAUAUCAGUGGGG